AUGGCCUUCGUUGACGACACAGUGCUUGAUGUGUUUCCUCCCGUGGAGAAAGGGAAGAGAUCGCGGAAAGCAGAGACGCUCCUGGAAGCGUUAAGUCUUGCUUUAUCUCGGUCUCGUGGCGUCGUUCGUUGGGAUCGUCUCCUAGUGCUCUGGGAAAGAAUGCACUGGAUCGUCGAGUCCAGCGUCUACAUCUGGCUCGCCGAGGCAUGGUUGGCCUCCCAGCAGACUGCCGAACUCGACGAGAAGUUCACCCAGCUGUGGUUGAAGUUGAAGGAGGAGUAUAUCCACGAACGUAAGCAGCGUUCCGAUCUUCUGCGGUUGGCGAUGAAGGAAUACGGGGACGCCUUCGUGGAGGCUGUGUCCCAUGAGAUCGAUGGUAGCCCUGCACGGUUGCUGGACACUGAAGUAUGCUUCGAUCCGGCCGUCCCGUUCUGUCCGUUGAUAAACCUCCCGUGGUUCCCCAAGAUGAAGAACUGGGUCGCCGAGAUUAACCACAUCGACGGCAACGAGCCGUGGCGAAACUGGUGGUUGACCACUCCUGGCCGUCACCCCUACAACACGAUCUUUCGUCCAGCGCAUCCGGACUUCCCCCUGUUCGUUCCUGUUGGAGCUGAUCCGGAAAUCGUCCAGCUCGUGGUCGAGGCUGAACGGGAAGUCAUCGAGCCAGUGCCACCUGCGCUCCACCCGAAGACCAGGCCUCCAGCGAAUCGCCCGACUCUGGCUGGGUUCCUGCCGCCGAACGUCGUUCACGCUGCCUGA